UUGUUGCUAUAGAAACGGUUGCUGCCAAGCGUUCGAAAACACGGUGUCAGCGGCAGGUGACCCCUCGGUGUUCACAGCCGUGUUCAGUGAAACAUUUGUGGGUAAUAAUGGCAGGAAAAGACGGCGCGAACCAACUGGACGUGAGCGCUCUGAGUCGUGAGCAGCAGCAGACGCUGCGACACUUCAAGAUCAAGACGAGAAUCGCCAAUGAGUCAUAUUUGAUGUCGCAUCCAGAGGUGGAUGUGAUGGUAGGAGACUUUGUCAGAAAAGUGCUUCUUCAAAGGCCCACUGACAUCCGUGAGUUUGCUGCAGAUUACUUCACCAACCCAAACCUUCACACAACUCUUGUGUCAAAAAUGAAAGAAGGCAGUGACGUGGAGUGAAACCCACUCGUCAGUCGUGGCGCCGCACACGUGUCAUCUUUGUGCAUCACAUGUUUGAACUGUUUAUGUUUGUCAGUGGAUAUAGCUUUGUUUGAUUGACUGUUGUCACACAUAACGAGGGAGAACAUAAUGUCUCGUCUUAAUGAGUGUGAUGUGGAGUUAAUGAGAAGCCCAGUGUCCUGUGGGUAUUACAGUGCAAACUGUUUGUCACAUCACUCACAUGAUUAAUUAGAGACACACUGAAGAGUUCAUUGUGAGCACAGUUUAGUUACUGUAAUCUGCUGAUAUGGGAUGUUUCCACUCUUACUGACCACAAUCCACAUGUGAGAGUCACUUCAGCCCACAUUUCCCCUUUUAUUUUCAUUUGUUUUGCAUUCUAAUUUCUUGUUAAGGUGACAUAUUCCUGCUUCUUUCUAUAGUUAGAUAUGGCAUACACAAUUUUAGCAAGUGCAAUAAAUGUACAAAUUGUUCAACAGCUACUGUGAGGUGUGUAAUGUUUGAACUCAAUGUUUACCAUGAUUUGAUGGGAAUAAAUUUACUCACGUUACU